ACAAGAAUAAAUAUGAUAAUUAAAAAAAGAGCUGGCCUAGCAAGAUCAACUCCGAAUUUUAUAAUUUAUGAUAAAGACAUCCUAGGUAUAAAACAUAUUUACGACCUACAGAUGGAAAUGAUAUGUAAGAAUUUGCUUUAUCAGGCGAAUGGAAAUUAUAAAUUACAAAUCUUAUUUAAAAUCAAAAUGAUCCAAGAACAGAAAAACAUAUGGACUUCGAGAUGUCCUGGAGAAAUAGAAAUAACAAAUUACAGGAAAAAUAAUUGGAUCAUAUCAGCUCUAAAGGCGUUAAAUAACGAAAAAAUUAAAAUAUGUAAUCAUGAAAUAAAAGAUUUUAGAGAAAGCCAUAGAAUCAAAGGAGGAAAGACUGAUCUAAUUGAAUUAAUGGAGCGUAAGGAUUUUAUAACAAGUAUUCAAUCAAGAAAAACAAAAAAUAUAAUGUUUUUAGAGGACAUCCUAGAAGUGGACGGUAUCACUUUACUAAAAUGGAAGCAUUUAUGUAAAGAAAGAGGAAAGAACACGAAAGGUAAAAUGCCAAAAUGGUUUAAAAAAUUAGAAUUAAAACUAAUAGCAGAUGAAAGUAGACAAGUAAGGAAAAUAAGAAACGAAUUUAUAGGUCAAGCACAAAAAGAAAAUAUUCAUAUAAACUAUUUCGAUGAAGAUGAAAAAUCGGAUAAAAAUAGUAUCGUAACUUGGAACGACUAUGAGGAAUACCCGAUAUUUAGUAUUAACAAAAAAAAAUCGCAGAGUAAAAAAUAUAAAAAAAUAGGAAUACAUUUAGAACUAGUCGGAGAUAGUUAUGAUCUAAACAAUUCGCCUCAACUGAAGAAAUGUCAAGGAUGUUAUAGAAACAUUAGUAAAAAAAAGGGUAGUAAAGAAUGUUUAAUAUACAUAGAAAAUGAAAUUUGUAGAAAUUUAGAUAGAAGAAAAGAAGAAGAUUAUAUUAAACCGUACGAAACUCUAAAUAACAUCAUAAAAAAGAAUGAAUGGUUACGAACAUAUACAAAAGAAGAUAAAAAAGAUGAGUCGUUUAAUAAUAAAAUAGAAAUUAUCGACAAAAUAAUUAAAACGAACGAAAAAAAUUUUUUGGAUAUAAUCAAAAAUAGUAUUUUCGAAGAAGAAGAUAAUUUGAUUUUGAUAACAAAACGAAGAUUUUGUUUAUUAAUUGAUACAAAUAAAAAGAAAUGGGAAAUUAACAAUAAAGGCAAAAGAGUUUAUCGAUAUAAUGUAAUAUGGAAAAUAUUUGAACUGAAUUACGAAGAAAAAGAGAGCGAGGAAUUGAUAUUACUAGCGAGUUAUGAAUGCAAUGAUGAAAACGAAUUCAAAAUUAUUCUUAGAUGUAUAAUUAUAGGAAUUAUGAUAAUUAGUGAGAAUAGUGAAUUAAUUUUAGGAAUAAACGAGAAAGUCAAUAGACUAAUAAUUGAAUUUAUUAACAAUUUUAGCAACAGGAAAAAAAUAGAUAGUGAUUACUAUUUAGAGCUUUUAUUUUUAGAAAAUUUUUUAGAAACAAAUAACAUCGAAUUAAUUGAAGGAGGAUUCCGAGCUUGGAGAAAAGCAGUGACGCUAGCAAUUUGGAAAAAUGAAAUCUUAAACAGCGAAAGGAAAAACAGAAAAUGGGAAUUACUAAGAGGGAUUUAUAAUAAUAAAUUCAAUGAUUUAUCUAAAGAGAAAAAAGAUAGAGAUUUAAUCAAAAAGCUUUGGAUGUUCACGUACGACGAGAUUAAGAAACGAAUAUGGAUUCCACGAUGUGAAGAAAUUAAAAGAUUAGAAAAACGAGAACAAAUUAAAAAAAUAGAUCUUAGAAGGAAAAGAGAUGUGAAAGAUAAUAUAUUAGAAGACGAUACUGACACGGAUACAAUACCAGAGAAAAUUAAAAAACAAAAAACAAAAGAAAAUUUAGUUAAAACAGAAAAAAAUACAAAUAUAAAUAAACAGAUUAGCUUAGUAACGUUAGACAAAAUGAAAGGAUUAAUCACAGAAGGUAUUAAUAUAACUAAAUCUUGGAAUACAACAAUCAAAUUAACGAACGCUCUAGUUUAGAUAUAGUUUAGCAAUAUUUAGAUAUAGUGUGAAAUUUUUAUUAUAAAUUUUUAUGAUAGAUUUAGUCAUAGUUCGAUAAAUACUUAGUUAUAGGGUUUGAAUUUUUCAAGCUCUAGGUGUUUAAUUUUAAUUAUGUAAUUUAUAUAUAAAUUCA